AUGGAGGGCCUCGAGGCGCUCGAGGUCAUCUCGCUGGUGGCCAAGGUCGCCUCCGAGAUGGAGAACCACGUCGGCAUGAACGACCGCGAUGUGGCCGAGUUCAUCAUUGCCCAGCGCCUUGCCAGCGACAGCUUUCGCGCCUUCAAGAAGAAGCUCGUCGAGCUCAACGUCGACUUCCCGCCCAGCCUCGUCGAGAGCAUCGACCGUCUGGUGUGCACGCUGCAUCCGGAGAUGCGCAACCGACCCCAGAAAGACGCGAAAGACGGCAGCGAUGCCAAACUUGCUGGACCGGGCGGCAAGUCAAGCAAGAAGCGGUCCGACAAGGACAACAUCUUCAAAGGCCUGUCCCUGCCGGACAAGCAGGUCGAGGCGGACGAUCCGGACGAUGACACGCACGAAGCAGACGAGAUCGACGACGCUCUGGCGCUGCUCGAAGGCCUGGCCAGCCACGCGCCGAAACCGGACAAAACGACGGCCAACCUCACCUCCACCGCCGCAAAGGACAGAGAACGCAAGAGGACACGAGACAGCACAAGCCCCCGGGGCCGCAACGGCCGUGACCGCAAGUCUCGGUACCGGUCACGUUCGCCGUCGCAGUCGCGCUCACGAUCGAGGGGCCGCAAGCGAGGCGGCGGGCGCUACGGAUACGAGGACGCCGACGACGAGUACGACAACUACGGCAGCAGUCGCAACGCAAACGGCAAGCGAGAGCGGGAGCGAGAGCGACACGGAGGACGUGAAAAUGGAUGGGACGACCGACAGGACCGCGGCGGCCGCGACCGAUAUGAUCAUCACAACAGCCACCACGACAGCGGCCCGCUCGACGACACACCCGAGCUCGGCAAGACAUACGACGGCCACGUCACGGGCAUCAAGGACUUUGGCGUCUUUGUCAACAUCCACGGCGUUCGUGGCAAGGUGGACGGUCUGGUGCACGUGUCCGCCCUCGUCGAGGGCCAGCGCGUCGACCAUCCCUCGGACGUCGUGUCCAUGGGCCAGCCCGUCAAGGUCAAGGUGGUCAAGGUGGAGGACCGCCGCGUCGGCCUGUCCAUGAAGGAGGUCGACCAGGCGUCGGGCGAGGACCUCAAUACGGCACCCCAGGACAUGUUCCAGUCGGGCGCCAACAUGGAGGCGCUGGGCGUGCGUGGCGGCGCGCGCAUCAGCAGCUCGACGCUCCUGGAUAUGGACGGCAACCACGCCGGUGGCGCCGCCGGCGGUGGUGCAGCGGCUGCCGCUGCGGCCAACCGCCGUGGCAAGAAGCGCAUGACGUCGCCCGAGCGCUGGGAGAUCCGGCAGCUGAUUGCCAGCGGCGUCGCCAAGGCGUCCGACUACCCGGACCUCGAGGAGGACUACAACGCGACGCUCAAGGGCGAGGGCACCAUCGAGCUCGAGGAGGACGUCGACAUUGAAAUUCGCGACGAAGAGCCGCCCUUCCUGGCCGGCCAGACCAAGCUCUCGCUCGAGCUGUCGCCCAUCCGCGUCGUCAAGGCGCCCGACGGCUCCCUCAACCGCGCCGCCAUGGCGGGCGCCGUGCUGGCCAAGGAGCGCAAAGAGCUGCGGCAGCAAGAAGCCGACGCGGCCAAGGCCGAACGGGACAAGGAGAAAGUGGACCUGACGUCGCAGUGGCACGACCCCAUGGCCAACCCGGAGCAGCGCAAGUUUGCCAAUGACGCGCGUGCCGCCCACGGCGGUCGUGGCGGUGCCGGCGGGGUCGCUGGCGGUGGCAGCGGCGGCGGUGCUGGUGGCGGUGGCGGGGGCCCGGGCGGGUUUGAGCCGGUGCCCGAGUGGAAGCGCAUCAUCCAGAACAAGGACCAGUCGUUUGGCAAGCGCACCGACCUCAGCAUGAAGGAGCAGCGCGAGUCGCUGCCCAUCUACUCGUUCCGCUCGCAGCUCAUCCAGGCCGUCCGGGACAACCAGAUCCUGAUUGUCAUUGGCGAGACCGGCUCCGGCAAGACGACCCAGCUCACGCAGUACCUGGCCGAGGCCGGCUUCACCAGCGGCGGCAAGAUGGUCGGCUGCACACAGCCGCGGCGUGUGGCCGCCAUGAGCGUGGCCAAGCGUGUGUCCGAAGAGGUCGGCUGCCCGCUCGGCGAGGAGGUCGGCUACACCAUUCGGUUUGAGGACUUGACGAGCCCGGCGACGCGCAUCAAGUACAUGACGGAUGGUAUGCUGCAGCGUGAGAUUCUGCUCGACCCGGAGCUGAAGCGGUAUUCGGUGAUUAUGCUCGACGAAGCCCACGAGCGGACGAUUGCCACCGAUGUUUUGUUUGGUCUUUUGAAGAAGACGGUAAAGCGGCGACCGGAUCUCAAGGUCAUUGCCACGUCUGCGACGCUGGAUGCCGAGAAGUUCUCGACCUUCUUCAACGGUGCUCCAAUUUUCACAAUCCCGGGUCGGACGUUCCCCGUCGAGAUUCUGUACUCUCGCGAGCCCGAGUCCGACUACCUCGACGCCACCCUGGAGACGGUGAUGCAGAUCCAUCUCACCGAGCCCGCGGGCGACAUCCUAGUCUUCCUGACGGGCCAAGAAGAAAUCGAUACCAGCUGCGAGAUUCUAUAUGAGCGCAUGAAGGGUCUCGGUGCUGCUGUGCCUGAGCUCGUCAUCCUCCCCGUCUACUCGGCACUGCCCAACGAGGUGCAGUCCAAGAUUUUCGAGCCGGCACCCCCGGGCGGCCGCAAGGUCAUCAUCGCCACCAACAUUGCCGAAACGAGUCUGACGAUUGACGGCAUCUACUACGUCGUCGACCCGGGCUUCGUCAAGCAGAACGCCUACGACCCCAAGCUCGGCAUGGACUCGCUGGUCGUCACGCCCAUCUCGCAGGCCCAGGCCAACCAGCGUGCCGGCCGUGCCGGGCGCACGGGUCCCGGCAAGUGCUUCCGGCUGUACACGGAGGCGGCGUACCAGACGGAGAUGCUGCCGACGACGAUUCCCGAAAUCCAGCGCAAGAACCUGAGCAACACCAUUCUGAUUUUGAAGGCCAUGGGCAUCAACGACCUGCUGCACUUUGACUUUAUGGACCCGCCGCCGAUCAACACGAUGCUGUCGGCGCUCGAAGAGCUGUACGCGCUGUCGGCGCUCGACGACGAAGGCCUCCUCACCAAGCUCGGCCGCAAGAUGGCCGACUUCCCCAUGGACCCGACGUCGUCCAAGGCGCUGAUCGCGUCGGUCGAGCUGGGCUGCAGCGACGAGAUGCUGAGCAUCAUGGGCAUGAUUGCGCAGCCCAAGGGCGUGUGGUACCGGCCCAAGGACAAGCAGCAGCAGGCGGACGCCAAGAAGGCCAAGUUCAACGACCCGCACGGCGACCACCUGACCAUGCUCAACGUGUACAACAGCUGGAAGCGCGCGCGCUUCAGCAAGCCGUGGUGCCAGGAGCAUUUCCUGCAGUACCGCGUGCUGACGCGCGCCAAGGACGUGCGCACCCAGCUCGAGCGCAUCAUGGAGCGCUACAAGCACCGCAUCGUGUCGUGCGGCACGCACACCGACCGCGUGCGCCAGGCGCUGUGCGCGGGCUUCUUCCGCAACGCGUCGCGCAAGGAUCCGCACGAGGGCUUCAAGACGCUGAUUGAGGGGACGCCCGUCUACCUGCACCCGUCGAGCGCGCUGUUUGGCAAGCAGGCCGAGUGGGUCAUUUACGACACGCUGGUGCUCACGACCAAGGAAUACAUGCAGUGCACGACGGCCAUUGACGCCAAGUGGCUCGUGGACGCGGCGCCGACCUUCUUCAAGCUGUCGCCGAGCGACCGGCUCAGCCGGCGCCGGCGCGCAGAGCGGAUCCAGCCGCUGUACAACAAGUUCCAGACGGAAGAGGACUGGCGGAUCAGUGCGCAGAAGCGCGGCGGCCGCUCGGGCGGCGGCGGCGGGACGUGGGGUUAG